AGCUUCCGUUUCAACCUGUUUGUUUACAAGUUUCCAAGCUGUUUAUUAAUUAACAUUCUUAACUAACAAGAUAAAAUCUGCAUAGUAAAGGACAUGUAUUUUGCAUGUAAUGUAAAUGAAAUGAUUGAAUGGGUUCCCAACCAUCUAGUUUGCCAUCAAACAGGCAUCUCAAAGGAUUUGUUGUAACGAAACAACUCAGCGCUCGUCGUAAAAUAAAUUCCUCCACUCUUUCAAAAAAAUUUUCCUAUUCAGAAAUUUUAACUCUUGUUGAAUACGAUGCUCAUGAUUUCUUUGAUAAAAGUGCUUAUGUCAAAGACAAACUUAUUAAAAGACCUCAUUCAGAGAAAAUUAUAAGUUUAAGUGAAAUCACCGAUUUGACUGAAUCUGAAGCCAGCCAUCCAAAAAAAUUGAACUCAUUUCCAACAGUAGUUUCAAAACCAAACAAUACUAAGAAAGCAAGUAUCUUAAAAGAAAAUGGUUCAAGUCAAAUCUAUCCACUUCCAAAAAUAGUUACUGUCAAUGAAAAAGAUAAACAUAUUAAAGAUGCUACAAAUAAGUCAACUUGUAUAAGUAGGAACCACGGAAAAGAUAUGGAAGAAACUACAGAUUUUGACCAUUUGAAUCAUGGGGUCCAUAAAAAUGACCCUUACGUACAGAAGUCAGAUAUACAUCCUCAAACAACAUCAAAUGAACAUAAAUCUGCUACAAAAAGUGGAGAAAACAAAAUGGAUGCCAAACAGGAAGUAAAAGAAGAUAAUGAAAAUAUCAAUGAGGAAAUCGUUGUUAUUGAUAGUGUACCAGAAGACGUUUUUGAACAGCAAAAAAGAGAAAAAAGGGAAAAAAUUAUAAAAGCUAUAAAAGAUAUUUCAAAAUGUCAAAAUGAAAGAACUACAGAGGGACAUUAUACAGAUACUCUAAGGGCAGACAUUUUGGAGAUGUACCAAUUUUAUUUUUCAUUCAAAAAUUAUUCUUUUGAAAGACGUGUCCGAUUCCGUCAUGAAGUUUUAGAAGACAUCCUGAAGGCAGAGGACAAUAUUAUCAUUACAUUUUGUAGAUUAAGUCAGGAAAUAAUGAAAAAUGGUUACCGAAACUCAGAAGGAAAAUCAGUCGUAGGAUUAUUCAAACCAUUAAGGAAUAUGUUAGGAUUUUUAAUGAAUUUUUCUGACUUAAUGAACCCUAUAGUCUGCAAGACAAUUCUGGAUCAGACUGAGUUUAUGAAUACAUUGAUACAAAAACUGAAUGAGCUGGCAACACCCCAUUUGAAUAAAGAUUUGAAGGAAAAUGAUACCAUUUUACUUGGUCUUUAUAUGGGAAUUUCUCAUAAUAUUGCACAAAAGGAGGAACUAACUGGAGGAUUUAGAGAAGUUGGUAUUGUAGAAGCAGUCAAACCCUAUUUGAACUCAUACCAAGAAAGAAAACAACUGACAAGCUUGGCAAUUUUAGCAAAUGUUAUUAAUGAAGAAGAGAGUGAAAUUUUAAAAAGCAAUGAAGGUUUGAUAACAUUUACCAUCAAGAGCCUUAAAAGAGGAAUGAAUGACAAAAUGCGGAGAAAUGGAAUUGGUUGGUCAGUUCGAGAAACUGUUAGGACAAUCAGAAUGGUGGCGAAGAAUGACAAUAACAAAACAACAGUGUAUACAUGUGGAGCAGUUCCACUAUUAGUUGAGCUAGCUAAUCAACCCGGAGAUGCAGACGAACAGAGAGAGGCUGUUGAAGCCUUGUGGAGUUUAUCUUUUGACCAGCAGAUUCAGGCUGAGAUUAUAAAUGAUCCAGAGUGUGGAGUCAUAGAUACAUUUGUCAAACUUUACAAAUCUGCAGAGGAUAAGGGGGUUAGGAGAAUCUGUGGUAAAGCUCUCUGGACAAUGAAAAAUAGCUUGAAAAAUUCUCAACAUUACAAGAAAGUUGGAGAAGAAUUCAGCUUUUUACCAGUAACACCAAGGGAAUCAGAACAACGUGACACUCACGUCAUGAUCAGUUAUAACUGGGGACAUCAGAGUAUAGUGAAGGAGAUCUGUGGUCAGUUACGUAACAAUGGAAUCAAGGUCUGGAUGGAUAUUGAUGAUAUGCAUGGAUCUACACUCCAGGCCAUGGCUAAUGCCGUAGAGAAUGCUGACAUUGUUUUAGUAUGCUAUUCACAGAAUUAUAAAAACAGUGAUAACUGUAGAGCAGAGGCAGAGUAUGCAUUCCAACUGAAAAAGAAGGUUAUACCAUUAAAGAUGGAGAAAGCAUACAAAGCCGAUGGAUGGCUUGGGUUUAUUAUUGGUGCCAAAUUAUUUUAUGACUUCAGUGGAAAAUAUCCAUUUGAAAAGAAAGUGACAGAACUGAUAAAUGAAGUUCAGAGUUCAUUACAAAAUAUGAAGGGUGUCACAAUCCAAGUGCCAAAUGCAGAGGUCCAAGUUCAAGUUAUACCCCAACAAUCAGCAUCAACAACAUCAGCGGCAGCCUCAGUACCUGUUUCUAGAACAAAAUCAUCAGAUGUUGAGAAAGUGAAGAAAUGGUCACCUCAGCAUGUUGGAAAAUGGCUGGAUAAAAAUCAGUUACCAAGGAACUUAAUGGGAAGAUUGAGUGGACUAGAAAUAGCCUUCUUACAUGUUCUAGUUCAGGAAUCACCUGAUGUGUUUUACAAGACCAUUGCAGAUCAAUUGAGUGUAAAAGACAUUUUAACAAUGGCCAAGCUCAGAUUUGCAUUGGAGGCACUGGAUGUUGAUAUAUAGAAUAAAACACAUAAAUGACUUGGAAUACUGAUAAAAGUCUAAGCCAUUUCAAAGUUUGAUGUAGACGUGAGAUAGAUAAAACAAAUCUGGAGUACGGUAGCUGACUGUGAAAAAAUUACUGUGGAUUUAUUUAAUUUCCUGGGUACCAAUUUUCAUGGAUUAAGGAAAUAUUGUAUUUUCGUCAAUAUUUGAUUUUUGUCUCGCCUUGACAGAGUCAAAAAGCGAGACAUGGGUAUGCUGUUUCCGGCGUUGGCGGCAGCGUCAACAAUGUAUUAGUUUGUGAUUAGGUCUAAUUUAAGGUGAACCACUAGUGGUUGGUCAAUGAUACUUGGUACACAGUUGUAUUAGCACUGGCACAUCUCAUUUCCCGAAAGAUUAUUUGGCCUUGCCCCUCAGUCAUGGUCUAUUGACUUUGAAACUUUUGCUUAGUUUAUAUGUAUUAGUUUGUGAUUAUGUCAGUUUAUGGGGAACCACUAGUGGUAAGUCAAUGAUAUUUGGUAUGCAGUUGUAUAAGCAUUGGCAUAUCU